AAUUCAAAAUAUUAUUUUAUAAUUCAUCCAUUUAUUUACAGUAGAGGAAAACAAGUUUUAAAAUUAAAGUUUACAAGUCAUUUUCGGACAUAUGUAACACUAAAUUUACCAACUUGACAGGAUGCAUUUACUGCGGUCUUCCUGAUCCCGCCCCCUGAAGGUUUAUGGUAUAUUUGUUGCAAACUACUAAGUUUUUCAUGAAGUAAAGAAUUGAAGACGGCAGUUUUUUUUUUGGUCUUUUGUGUUUUACUGCUUUCAGCCUUUGGACUCUGGAUGAAUGCUGAAAAGAGGUGAAGCUGCGAGAUGAUGCUCAAAGGUGCCAACGAUCCAGCACGUCACACCACGCUCACCGGAGGAAGGUCAGGAAGGGGGGAAAAAAAAUACGUUUUUAGGAUGUGCUGGAACUUUGAGUGAAAUAUAAACAACAGUUUUUAAAAAUGGACGGAGGAGUCCUUCUGAAACUGCUCAGCUUUGCUGCUCUUCUUGCCUGCGGCUACAGCCAGUGUCAGCCAGGAUGGAGGCAGAACGACGGCAAGUGUUAUUUCUUUUCAACGGACACAAAGUCGUGGUUUGACGCAAACAAUUACUGCAUGGAGCAGAACAGCCACCUGCUGAGUAUCCAGGAUGUUCAAGAAAGGUUGUGGGUGAGAACUCAAAUCGGCACCGAGAUCUACUGGAUGGGCCUGAAUGAUGAAAUAGUCGAGGGUGUGUGGGAGUGGAGUGAUGGGAGUCCUUUCAUAGAAUACUUGUCGCUCUGGGGUCAAGGCCAGCCGGACAACUGGCAAGGCAAUGAACACUGUGGCGAGGUGGUUGGAUACAACAAUGGUCACUGGAAUGAUGAAAACUGUGACUCUAAGAGAAGAUACAUCUGCAAGCACAUUAAUUCAAACACUUUGCCUCAGUGUGACCUGGCUAACGGCUGGGUGCAGUUUGGCUCCAGCUGCUACAAACUCAAGUCAGACACCAGGAAGAGUUGGUCGGCAGCCCGGCAUGACUGUGUGCAGGAGGGAGGAGACCUGGUGUCCAUAACAUCUGAGGAGGAGAACACGUAUGUCGUCGGAGCGAUGGGUCCAUCACAUCUGGACCUCUGGAUUGGGCUCUCCACACUGAAAUGCAACAAGAUUUCCUGUCAUUUUGAAAACGGGAACAGUGAUUUUACUUGGUCAGAUUCUCUCACACUGAGCUACACAAACUGGGGCGAUGGUCAACCCACAGCUGACACACAGGCCGGCUCGUGCGCUGCAGUCAUCAAGGAUCAAACCAACGAAUUUGGGGAGUGGCGGUCCCACGCAUGCAGAUACGAGCGCCCGUAUAUGUGCAAACGCCCAGUCAACACCACCUGCCCUUUCGGAUGGAAAACCUUUGCAGGGAACUGCUACUGGAUGGUCACUAAUAAUAGGCUCCUGACCUCCUGGCAUGAGGCGCUCACCAGGUGCUCUCAUAUGGGGGCUCACCUGCUGAUCAUAAACAGUGAAGAAGAACAGUUCUUCAUCAACGGAAACCUUCCGGACUUUCACAACGUGGACAUCCCUGACAUCUGGAUCGGCUUAUCAGAUAUGAUCCAGGAUGGGGUUUUCAAAUGGGUGGAUAAAACAGACACCACCUUUUCAAACUAUGGUCCUAGCUGGCCUCAAAACACUGAAGGCUCAUGGGACUGUGGACAGAUCUUCACAGGGAAUUAUCAGGGCAAAUGGGAAACGACCAACUGCUUCAAGAGUCUGGGUUUUGUCUGUGAGCUGACGGGUGGAGAGAGCCUGAAACCGACAGCAGCUCCAGAAUACCACUGUGAUCCUGGAUACUUGCUGUACGGGAACUACUGCUAUCAUUUGGAGACGGAAGACGUGAAGAACUGGCAGGAUGCUGAGGAUCACUGCAGCAGACAGCAGGGUCAUCUGGCCAGCAUUCACUCCCAGGAGGAGCUGAGCUUCCUGACAGCUCACAUGGUGGGCCAAGCGUGGGUGGGCCUGAACGACAUCAAGUCUGAAAACCAGUUUGUGUACACCGACGGGACGCCUGCAGACUUCCUGCCUUGGGCGCCCGGCCAGCCCGACAACUGGCAGGACAACGAGGACUGCAUCCACCUGAGGGGACACAAUCACGCCGAGCCUGGAUUGUUCAACGAUGACUUCUGCACCUCCACUCGGGAAUAUAUCUGCAAAAAAGCUAAAGGACUUGGACCUCCUCCUCAGCCUCCCACAUCUGGACCAGGAUGGAACGAUAAAUGCGGAUCGUGGAUGUUCGACCCCUUUAACGACUUCUGCUACCUUUUCAACUUCCUGUCCAUGAGAACUUGGUCUGAGGCUCGAGCUGACUGCCUCAACCAAGGAGGAGAUCUGGUCAGCAUCACAGACCCGUUCGAGCAAGCCUUCAUUCAGGGUGUGAUCCAGCAGUCUCCCACCGGCAUCUCUUUGUGGAUGGGGGGCCACGACUCGGUCACGGAGGGCGGCUGGGAGUGGACAGACGGCUCUCCCUUCAGAUACAUCCGCUGGAACGCAGGCAACCCAGAUGACUAUUAUGGCGAGGACUGUCUGUCUAUUCUUAUCAACAAUGGCUACUGGAAUGACGACAACUGUCAGUACAACAGAGGCUACAUCUGCAAGCGUAGAGGAAACACCCCUAAACCUCCUCCACCCCACGACGGUUUUCUGACGGCUGUGGUCUGCGAGGGCUCCAGUGCCGUCCUUCACUGUCCACACGACAGCGUCAUCAACAUCCAGUCGGCCUUCUUCGGACGGAAGAGCAACGACAUCUGUCCUCACUUUGAGGGGUCCGAAGGCAGCUGCACCGUUCAGGGUGUCUUCCCUCAGUACAGAAAGCAAUGUGACAACCGGCCUUUCUGCUUCGCAUACGCUCACGUGGAGCAGGACCCCUGCCCCACCAUCUCCAAAUAUCUCGAGAUCGUCUAUAGUUGUGAGCAGAAAGUGUGUCUGCAUGGUCUGGGCGUGGAAGACGGAAGCAUCCCCGACGAACAGCUCUCUGCGUCCUCCUCCAUCGGGUCUUACACUCCCAGCAAGGCUCGGCUGAAUGGAGAUUUUUGCUGGAAGCCUUCAGGAAGUGCAACCUCAAGCUGGAUUCAAGUGAACCUGGGUCAGACCAGGAAAGUAACAGGGAUUGUAAUCCAGGGUUGUUCUGAUGGUGAAAACUGGAUUACUAAAUAUAAACUCCAACACAGCAUAGAUGGGAUAAGUUGGAAAGACUACACAGCUGACGGGGAUUUUUUCCUGGGUUCAGUGGACAAAAACACCCCAGAGACCCAGCUGCUCGGCACGCCAGUGUCCACCCAGUUCAUCCGCAUCAUCCCGCUGGAGUUCAAAAACCAGGCAGGGCUGAGAUUAGAGGUGCUGGGAUGCACACCCGACUAUGCGAUUACAUGCGCAGACAAACCCAACUUCAGCUCAGCCAACGAUCGAAUGACGGUUCACUGUCCAGCUGCGUGUGCAAAGUCGGAUUACACGGUUUACGGCUCGAUGGUCUAUCGGGGUGACUCAAACAUCUGUGCAGCUGCCAUCCAUGCAGGAGUGGUCCUCAAUGACAACGGAGGAGACUGCACGGUCCUGAAAGCUGGAGGACAAGACUUUUACGCCGGUUCCACCAGGAACGGAAUCACCACCCGACAAUCAAACACCCACUAUGACGUAUCGUUCAUCUUUGCGGAUGGAGAGCUGAGAUGUCCAGGACCGGACUGGUAUGAGUUUGGAGAGUUUUGCUACAAACCUUUUGGAGACAAGAGGACGUGGCAGGAUGCUCAGAGUAAAUGCAGAGAUCUGGGUGCUGAACUUGUGUCCAUCAUGUCAAUGAAGGAGCAGAGCUGGGUGGAAAGCUACUUGUACAUGGCCACUAACAAUCUGUGGACGGGUCUGAAUGACCUCCUUGUGCCUGGUAUGUUUACCUGGUCGGAUGACUUUGAGGUGACCUUCACCUACUGGGCUCCAGGAGAACCCAACAACCAUAACGGCUUCAGUGAGGACUGUGUGGAGAUGCUAUACCAGAGCGGCCGGUGGAAUGAUAAGUCCUGCUCUGAACUCAACAACUACAUCUGUAAAAAGCCUAAAGCUCACUACCCGGCGCCUUCUGUCCAGCCCACUCAGUAUGGGUGUCCUCAGGGUUGGGAUGCUUAUGGAUACUCGUGCUACUGGAUGGAGGAGACAGCCAGGACCUGGUCUGAUGCUAAAGCCUUUUGCGCUGAACAAGACAGCUUCCUGCUGCACAUUGGAGACAUUUAUGAGCAGUCCCAUUUUACAGUUGCGCUGACGGGAAAGACUGGUUACUGGUGGAUUGGCCUGCGAGCGCACGGAGAAGGUGGAGGCGUGGACUACGUCUGGGACAACGGCUCUCCUCUCACCUUCACCCACUGGGAUAAAAACCAGCCAGAUACUGGGAGUGGUACCUGUGUCACCAUGACGACGGGCAAAAUUGGUGGUUUCUGGGAUGACAUGCAGUGCCUGGAGACGCACUCCUUUGUGUGUGAGAAGCCCAGACCGGACAUCUCCCCACCCACUAAGGCGCCAACUCCACCGCCUUCACAGGGCUGCGCCGACGGCUGGACGGCCAAGCCGCACUUCAGACACUGCUACAAGCUCUUCCACAAAGUGGACUGGUCCAUGAAGAAGAGCUGGGGGGCAGCAUUGGAAGACUGCAUCUCCAGAGGAGCCGAUCUGGCGAGCAUCCACAACCAGGAGGAGGAGGAGUUUCUGUCGCUGUACACCAAAGGCACCAGCAAGUGGAUCGGUCUGAAGCACAACCCGAUAGAAGGAGGAUACUCCUGGACUGACGGCACGCCUCUAUCUCACACCAACUGGGGCCCCGGGGAGCCCAAUAACCACGAGGGCCGCGAGGAAUGCGUGGAGAUGGUGAGCAGCACCAAUGGGACCUUCUCCUGGUGGAACGACCUGAACUGCGACGCUCAUCAGGACUGGAUCUGCGAGAUCUCCAAAGGAAAGAACCCCAUCAACCCCCCAGAGCCCCCGCCCCCAGUGCCAGCUCCCGACUGUGGCUCCAACCCCGGCUGGAGAAAGAACAACAACAUCUGCUACUACUACAACGACACGGACAUCGUGGACUUCCCCACAGCGAUGAGGCGCUGCUUCCACGAGAAGGCCACGCUCGUCUCCAUCCACGACAAGGACGAGCAGGCUUACGUUAGCAGCAUGGUGGGAACAGGGCAGGUGACCGCAGCAUGGAUCGGGAUGUUUAUGUUCGGAGUUGCGAAUGGAGAAUACAUAUGGGCCGACUCCUCCCCGGUGACGUACACUCACUGGGCUGCGGGGGAGCCAAACAACGCCAACGGAGAAGAGCAGUGUGUUCAGAUGAACAGACAUCAAGGUGGAUGGAACGAUGCCAACUGUGGGCGGGCUGGAGCAGGAUACGUUUGCAAGAAACGUCCUGGAGAUGUCCACACCCCUCCUCCACCCACACAGCCCUGGGAGGGCAACUGUCCUGCAGGUUGGCUGCGUUUCCAGAACAAGUGCUUCCUGUUUAAGGGGAAGAAAAACGAGAUUCAAGGGAACUGGUCUUUUGCUCGGAGCUGGUGCAGAGAACAAGGAGGAGAGUUGGCCAUCAUCGAUAGUCAAUAUGAAAAUGACUUUGUAGCCAGUUAUCUCAAAGAUCUAGAGCACGCCGCCUGGAUCGGUCUGUCUGAUCUGCUGGCGGAGAACCAGUAUGCCUGGAGCGACGGGGUCAGCCCGGUGCUGUACACAAACUGGGAUACCAACGAGCCCAACAACGUGGGAGGAACGGAACAUUGUGUGUCACUGACUCACAGCAUGGUGUCAAGCGGCAAAUGGAACGACGACGCCUGUCAUAAAAACCACAGCUUUGUCUGCUACAUGAAGAAAUCGAGCAGCGUCCAGCCGCCUCCUCCGACGAAGAGCCCGUGCCCAGACGGCUACAUCUCCUGGUACCAAAACUGCUACAAGCUGGUGGAGGAGCUGGCGAUCUGGAGCGACGCUCAGGACGCCUGCAAGAAGGAGGGCGGCAACCUGGCCAGCAUCGACAUGAGCUAUGACCAGGCCUUUGUCGCGGGCGUGGUCCUGCAGGGAAAAGCAGACGCCUGGAUCGGGCUCCGGCGCAUGGUGGACGGAUCGUACUCGUGGUCAGAUGGAUGGCCCGUUUUCUUCACGGAGUGGGGACCAGGAGAGCCGACCAAUCACAGGCAGGAGGGCUGUGUGAGCAUGCACGCUUCCAAGUGGUUCCACGGGACGUGGAACGACACCAAAUGUGACCAAGCAAAGCCCUACAUCUGCAAGAUCUCCUCAGAGAAACCUCCUCCCACUCCCAGCCCCGGCGACGGCAAAUGUCUGCCUUUCUGGGUCCCGUACGGCAGAUACUGUUACUUUGUCUACAACGAGAAGCAGGGCUACUCCUGGCCGGACUCCAGACACUUCUGCCAGUCAGCCAACACCGAGCUGGUCUCCAUUCACAGCAGAGCAGAGCUGGAGUUCAUCCGGAACUUAAACUACACCAAAAAUCACCACAUCUGGAUCGGCCUCACCAGAGACCGAAACUUCGGCUGGGGCUGGACGGAUAGCACCCCUUUGGGAUAUGUGAACUGGGCCCCCGGUGAGCCCAACGCGGCCUUCCACCCCGGUGAAGCCGCGGAGGAGAACUGCGUGGAGAUGUACCCCGACGGGCGAUGGAACGAUAACAACUGCAUGCUACAGAAAGGCUUUGCUUGCCGCCAUCGCCAGUUCUAUACAACGGAUGAGAAUAAAAAUCCAGUUUUUCCCACCGAUGCUACGGGAGGAGAUGCUGGGGUGAUAGUCGGCGCCGUCAUCGGAGCAAUCGUCUUUUUCUGCUUGAUCGUUGGCCUUCUGUACUACGUUUUUAGCGUCAGGGGAUACAAACUGAGCGGCUUGAGCUUACCCACAAACACAACCAGAGUGGACGUGCCCACAUUCUCGAACCCCAACUUUGGAGGAGAGUCGGAUACAUAAACUGCAAAUCAGCUCUAAAACUUCAACAAAUUAUGUUUUUUUUUUAACAUUCUUAACUUUUCUAGGCAUAAUUACUGUUGUAUAUACUGUAAUAAAAUAAAAAUUGACAUGUUUACAAAAUUCUCUGUGCACUUUGAUUAUUAUGUGAAUAAUUCAGAAAAUGUGGGCAUAAACCAACUGUAAUCUUGUUUAUUUUAAUAAUAAAAAACAAAAGAAAAGUGAAUUAGAUUCCAGUGGUGUUUGUACAUCGCGACACAAGACUCCUUGUUCCAUUAAAAAAAAAGGAAAACUUUUUCUGAACAUUUAUUUUUAAUCAAAUUCUUUGGGAUGUUUUUCUUUUACAAAAAAAAAGACAGUAACCAGAUUGAAAUGUAAUCAAUAUUGAUCUUUUCUAUACAUUGCAUCCAAACUGUAAAGAUUGUUUAUACAGAAAGCACUUUGGAGAUCAAUACAUAAAAUGUUUAACUCUAUGGCACCAGCUUACCUAAAUAAAAAAAAAAAAAAAAAACACUGAGGGAAGAACCAUUUUGGAAGCACCCCAUUAACUUUAUUCAGACAUUUUUAACAUAGCUGCACCUAUAAUAGGUGCUCUAGUCUUCUGCAUCACAAAUACCUAUUAUUUCCUAACACCCCCACAUCUCCUGUAAUAAAUAAUAAGUUACCGAAAUUAAUCUGCUUUACAUUAACACAGAUUCUUUGGUAAAUAAUUCAUUUGUCGUCACUGCAGCUUCUGGUGCUGCCAACAGAGGACGCUGCUGUGCUCCAAAACAACUGCAGGAGAACUGCUACUUUUCAAAAUAAAAGAAAUAUGAAAAAGUUUUGUUUUACUUAAAUCAUGGCAACAUUUUUACUUUGGUUGAAGGAUUACUGCUUUAGAGGUGGAGGUAGUCUGGACAGGCUUUCUGCUGAAUGAAAAAUCUGUACCAUUUUGGGAACCUGUGUUUCAAUGGUGCUUGAUAAUAAUAAAAAAAAAAAUAUGAAUACAAACUGUUUUCCAGCUAACUUUAUUGGGUUAGCUUAGCAAAAAUUGUAGUGUGAGAAGGUGCUCAAACUCCCCUUCAAAGUAAAAGUCUAGCUGAACAUUUACUAACGGCAUCUGCAAAAGGAUUUUGUAACACAAAUGUAAAAAAAA